GAUAAUAGCGCGAAAAAAAAUUGAUAGAUUUCCCGCGUAUAUAAAUGUCGCGCGUAUAAACAAUCUUACAAACAAUAGUUUUAAAAAUAAUUUUAUAACGUGUAUUAAUGUGUCCAUGCAAAAUGAACGUAACAAAUGCUAUUCAGAGACGAGAAAGUGGAUUUGGAUUAAUAUACGAUUAUGACAUCGCACUGUGUCGUUUGAAAUGUUACAACGAUGAUAUUUAUCGUGGAAUAACACCGAAUGUAAAUGCGCCUGAUUUUAAUCCCGAACCACCAGUAUUUGCUUGUCGUUUUUGUACCACGCCGGGAUACGAGGAAGUUCUUGCUUUAGCAAAUGAAGAUGGAAAAGUUGCUUUACAAGAUACAAAAAUUAAAGAAAAUUCUAAUCAACCAUUGGAAGGAACACAGGCACAUUGUAAUGCUAUCUUUGACAUUGCAUGGAUGCCUGGAGAUUUAAAACUGGUUACAGCAUCAGGAGAUCAUACGGCACGUUUAUGGGAUAUCUCCAGACCUGAAAUAAAACAAAUUAAUUGCUUUCAUGCACACACACGAAGUGUAAAAACAGCAGUGUUUCGUUAUCAAGACAAAGCUGUCUUUGCAACUGGUGCUAGAGAUGGUUUUAUCAUGAUAUGGGAUAUUAGAGCCAAUCAUACUGAUCAACCUAAGCCAGAUAAUUGCAUUGCUAAUGCGCAUAGUGUUGGUAGCACAGGCAAUAUGAAACGAAAGGCAUAUAGUCAAGCAUCACGAGAGCACAGUAUUACUGGUUUAGUGUUUCAAGAUGAUUUUACAUUACUCUCGUGUGCUGCAGGUGAUGGUUUAAUAAAAGUGUGGGAUUUGCGCAAGAAUUAUACUGUCCACAAGAAAGAACCAACAGCUAAGCAUGUGAUGAAUUAUGCGGGAAAUAGUACUAGGAACGGUUUUUCUUCGUUGUUAAUAUGCCCAGCUAGAAUUACAUUGUAUGCAAGUUGCAUGGAUAAUAUUAUAUAUGCUUAUAACAUAUCAUCAUAUAAUCGCAAACCAGUGGCUGAAUAUUAUGGACAUCAAAAUCGUACGUAUUAUGUAAAGACUUGUUUGAGUUCUGACGGCCGUUAUCUUGCCAGUGGAUCCAGUGAUGAACUGGCGUAUAUUUGGCAUAUUAACAGACCAGGUGCACCAUUAGUUAAACUUUUCGGCCACACAGAGGAAGUAACUUGUAUUGCAUGGUGCAGUGUGGGUGAAACUAAGAUAGUGACUUGCUCCGAUGAUUCUUGUCAUAGAAUAUGGAGAGUUGGCUUAGAACACAAAGUGAAUGAGAAAAUGGACAUACGUGGUCAUGCUGAGAUUGUAGUAGAAAAAUGUUUAGAAAAUAUAAAUUUAGAGACUACCCCAACUACUUCUCGACGCUCGAUAAUCAAUCAGGAAAUUACACCAGGUUCAGAUAAUACUUCAGUUACAACUCCUGAGUCUAGCAAUGAGGAUCAUCAGAGAGACAGGUAUUUUCCUCUUAAACGUAGUUAUUUGCAAAUGGCAAUGGGUUCGAGGUCUGAGGGGAAACGCAAAUAUAUUUUAUCUCCUAUUCAUGAAAAUCGUGAGAUUGGCGCGAAACGAGUUCACAUGGAUAAUCGUGGUAUGCGAAGACUAUUUAGCUCUAGUGUCGAAACCGCUACUACUUCGAGCAGAGAGUAUGAUUCGGAUGAGCCUAGUACAAGUCAGUUUAUAAACAGGAAUGAGGAAAUUUCUUUUUCACCCACGCUAAAUUUACCAAAUUUUGUCAUGGACGGUACAGCACCGCAUUUGCUCGAGAUAUCACCACAAAAAUACAAGGAGAAUGUUGAUUGGUUGACAAAAAUUAGAAAAGAAAGAUAUGAGCAAAGCAAGAUCCUAGAAUCAACUUCAUGCAGUCCUAAGAAUCAAGUAACAUCCAGUGCCAGAAGAUCCAAAAGGUCACAAUCGACUGAGCCCCCAAAACCAACAAAAAGUGCUUCUUUACUAAAUUUUUUCAAAGUUACGAGUAAGGAUUGCGAAAAAAAUUCUUGUACGGAAAAUAGUAAUAUUAUACCAUCAACGAGUAUAUCUUGAAAAGAUAAAUAGAUAGAAUUUAAGAAAUUCUCUUUCUCUAUCUUUUAUCUUACAGUAUAAAGAUAAAAGAUCUUAAAAUAUCCCAGUUAUUCUAUAUGUACAAAUUAUUAUUGUAUUUAAGUCAUAUCUCUUAUCACAAAGAAGUUUUUAAAUCUAACUGACAUGAGAAGCCCUCUAAGACAUCAUUGGCGAUUAUUCCUACUAGGUUAUAUCUCGAAAGUGAUCAUUCCCGAUGAAAUGCGUUUAAUAAAUGAGAUUAAUUUAUAAAAUAAUAAAAAUAUUUUUAUCACUUUAUAAAUUAAUUUCUUCUUUAUUUAACACACUCUCAUCAAAAAGUUAGAUAUAUAAAGAUCUUGGAAGUGAUUACGUCUCAGUAUUACUCACAAUGUAUUAAUGUACUUUUUAAAAAAAAAUUAGUUUACACACUUUACAGACUAUACAAUUAAAUUAUUAAAGAAAUAUACUUUGACGUAAUCAAAUCUUUAGU